GACAGCGUGAGGGUAAAAAAAAAUGGCGGGAGCUUUAUCGCUCAUAGAGACUGGAAAUGUCGAAACCUCGUUCACCGCCAUUGUAGAGCACUGGGAGGUGGAGUUCUCUCGCUUCUUCAACUUCCCUUCCCCGCCUUCCCCUUCUCUUGUUCUUAAACCUCUCCGCAAAUCCAUAAUACAUGGUGUUAGAGGUUCCUGGCUUUCUUCAUCAUCAACUGCUUCUCUGGAUCUCCGCUCCUAUCACUCGAGCUCUGAAGUCAUCCUUGUCGUAUCUCUUCGUGGAAAAAUCUAUGAAGAACAUUUCCUUUCCAAUCUGCAUUUCUCCUGGCCCCAGGUGUCGUGUGUCUACCAGUGCCCAACCAAGGGAAGCAGAGUCGUAUUUGCUAGCUACAAAGAUAGUGUAGGCCAGAUCCAGAAGUUUGCUUUGCGUUUUAUAACAUCUUCUGAAGCAGAAACAUUCAUAAAUGUUUUAAAGGAAAGGUUGAAAGACAUAAUAGAUAUUGGGUAUCCACAAAACAAUAUCAAAUCUAAUAUUUCAUCUGAGGUCUCAUCUUCAAAUGGAUUCCAGUGCAGGGCUGAGGAGGAUGCGAUCCAUGUGACUCCUGAUGUUAGCUAUGUGACUCCUGCUCUUACUUAUACUCCUCAGAUGCUGCCACUGGACUAUAAAGCAGCGCAGACCCCAUGUUUACAGGAACCAGUGCCUGCUUAUAACUUGGAAAGCGUUUUACCAGCCCUGCCUCCCAGCUUCACUGCCCUACUUGCCAGCUGUUGUACUGAGGCUGAACAAGAGAAACCAAAGGUAGUACCGGAGGAAGUUGACAUUAUGAACCAAAUCACGAAAUGCAUGUUGGACUCUUCCUUCAAUGAUGUGCUGGUUAAAGUGGAGAAAUAUAUUACUGAAAUGGGUGGCAAUUUGUCAAUAUAAUCAUAUCCAAGAGAUAAAGGCAGUUUGACUUCAAUUUUCUGGAGGUGAUAUAGCUUUUAAGCAAAGUUCAGUUCAUUUUA